UGUUCUCUCUCUCCCUCUGACAAAUCCCACUUUCUCAUUAUUUGUCUCUCUCUCUCUCCUCAUUCAUUUUUCUGUUUAUCUGGUUACUGGGUUGGAGGCUGUGUUUUAAAUUAUUGUCUGCAGAAUAAUAUACACAUACAUAUAUACAUAUAUAUAUAGGUAUAUAAUGUCGAGCAGAAGAUCAUCGCGUUCUAGAAACUCCGCUUCUAUUUCUGCUCAUAUCUCUGAUGACGAGAUUGCCGAUCUUGUUUCCAAGUUGCAGCGCCUCAUCCCUGAGAUUCGUAACAGGCGCUCCGAUAAGGUGGCAGCUUCAAAAGUGCUACAGGAAACAUGCAACUACAUAAGGAGUUUACAUCAGGAAGUGGAUGAUUUAAGUGAGCGAUUGUCUCAGCUUUUGGCCGCAACUGAAAACGGCAGUGCCGAGGCAGCCAUUAUUAGGAGUUUAUUCAUGUAAACGGCUUAAAACGACUCCUCUACCCCAUUAUACGGCGUCGUUUCCCUCGUUAUUUUCAUUUUGGUCACCCUUCUCUCUUUAUAUUUAUAUAUAUAUAUAAUAGUAUGAUUAAUUAGGUAGGUCUUUUGGCCAAUGUAUUAGGCCAUUACACAAAAGGGUGCUAUAUCAUACAUAUAGUGCCUCUUUUGAGCAGAGUCGGUAGUACUUCACUUUUAUUAUAUAAAACGGAUUCUAUCCA